UUUCUGUUUCCCCUACUCAGGUCAAUGUGUGUGCGCACAAUUAUAUAACGGUGUGUUCUCACGUCAGAGUUGGGCGCACUAACACAAUAAGCCCUCACACAUUUUGAGCAGACAUCAUAUCCAAACUUACUAAACCAUUUCGGCUACGAUCGAGAAAGUGCAAGCGACGGCUGGCACCUGGUUCUGGUUGUGGUGAUCCAUGGAGGCAAAUGCUCCUGCUGUACUGCCCAUGGACGCCAAACUGAUGGUGGCCACAGCCCAUGGCGACUGCCAGCAGCUGAAGGAUGUCGUGAACAAGGAGGAUGCUGCCAUGAUGGUGCUGGUGAUGGCGUCAAGCAACGGCACGCCGGCUUCCGCCGCGGCGGCAAGUCCUCCGGUGGCCAUGCAUCCGCUGCUGCACGCCUCAGCUUCCUCCGGGGAUUGGAAGGGUGUGAAUUUUCUUCUCAACAGGGAAGAAGCAUAUGCAGAUUCAUCUGUUCAGCCCAGUAAAAAGUUUCUGAAGUCCCUAGAAGCAUGCAUCCCCGGCAACUGCACCAACGGAAGGUUGCCGACUCCGCCGCAAGCUUCUAAUGACAUAGAAGAAGGUGCAAACAUGCCAUUGUUGUUGUCUCCCGAGUCGCUUCUGGAGGGUGUCACCAUCGAGGGAGACACUGCGCUCCAUGUGGUGGCCACACAUGGGGAUGGCCACAACUACUUGAAAUGUGUUGACACAAUCUGUGCCAAGGGCAAGCACCUCCUGUUUAAGCCAAACAAUAAGGAUGAUACACCCUUGCACUGUGCUGCCAGGGCUGGGAAUCACGAAAUGGUCAAUAAGCUUAUUGGUCUAGCUAUUGGACCUAGUAGAAGGGAGGAAAGUGUUGACAGCAUAGCGAAUAACCUGAUCCUUAGAAGUGAUAAUCUUUCUACAGAGACAUUCUUGAGCGAUGAUGUCCGUGUUGCAGAUAAUCUUACAGUCGGAGAUAGUAUUAGCAUAAGUGAGGACAAUGUCCACAGGGGAGUGGAAUAUCUCAGAAUGGAAAAUGACAGUAAUGAAACGGCCUUGCAUGCGGCAAUUCGCAUUGGUCAUAGUCCUAUAGUAACGGAGCUAUUGACAUAUGAUUCUGAAUUGGCGCUAUUUCCGCAAGAAGGCACAUCACCAUUGUACCUAGCUAUCUUGCUGAAGCAAUUUGACAUCGCGCGGACAUUAUACCAGAUGAGUAGACAAAAUAUUCUCUCAUAUUCUGGGCCAAGUGGACAAAAUGCAUUGCAUGUUGCAGUUCUCCGAAGCAGAGGAAUGACCAAACAGCUGUUGGGGUGGAACAAGAACCUUACUAUGCAAGGGGACAAAAACGGUAGUACUCCUCUUCACUUUGCCUCGUCUCGUACGAUUGACAACAACAAUUGGAACUAUCCCCACCGUAUAUAUCCGCUGGUUUCGUGUUCCAUGUCCACGUCAUCGAGUUGUGAGAGAAGUAAUCCAAGCUAAUGGAGCUCCACUGUACCAGCCAGACAUCUAUGGGAUGUUCCCCAUACAUAUUGCUGCCUCAGUUGGUGAGAAACGGACCAUCGAGAUUUUUGUUCAGAAGUAUCCCAGCAGUGCUGGCCUGCGCGAUAAAAGAGGAAGAACAUUUCUUCAUGUUGCUGUUGAGAACAGGAGAGUGAAUGUAGUCGGCUAUGCUUGCAGAAAUCGGUCGUAAGCAUGGAUCCUGAAUAUGCAAGACAAUAAUGGGAACACUGCGCUGCACCUAGCUGUCGAGGCUGCGAAUCUUCAAAUGUUUUGUUCGCUAUUUGGCAAUCGGCAAGUGCAACUAAAUGUAGUAAAUGUAAAAGGCCAAACUCCUAGAGAUAUAUCACAUGAUCAAAUUCCUCCAGGGCUACAUAAUAAUCAGAGCACCGAAGAAAUGGUACGCUUUGUAUUGACACAAGCUGGUGCUAUGAAUGACAGUUGCCGCCACGAUCACUUUAGAGAAAAACACAAAGACACUCACAACCUAAAAUCAGAUAGUGAAAGCAAAGAAUUAGAAAAGCUAAAGGACGCAACGGAAACAAUGGCCAUUGGCUCAGUUCUAAUAGCAACUGUGACGUUCGGUGCAACUUUCGCAUUGCCCGGAGGUUACAGAGCAGAUGACCACUCAAACGGUGGCACACCAACACUUGUUGGGAGGUAUGCUUUUGAUUCGUUCAUGAUAGCCAAUACGCUCGCUUUCAUUUUCUCCUUGAUUUCCACAACUAGUCUCUUGUAUUCUGGAAGUCCGUUGAUUAACAAGCAAAGCCGUGCAGUCUUCUUAGAAUCAGCCUUCUACUUUAUGAAGACUUCGAUCACAUGUUUGGUCGCUACCUUUACACUUGGUAUGUAUAUGGUGCUAUCUCCGGUUGCUCGUAGAACUGCCAUUGUCGUAUGUGCCUUAAGUCCCCUUGUAGUGCUGUGCAACAGCAUUCGCUACUGGGUAAAACGGCUGGUUCUGGCGCCAUCGUGUAUUGUCAGAAUGGGGCCAAUUUGGACAUUGGGAUUUCUUGCAAUCACCAUUGUAUUUUAUUCGAUAAUGGAAUUUUGGCCGCUAAUAUUCAUCUUUGCUUGGGCGGCACAUGGAAGGAACCACACCUAGCUUCUGAAACAUAGCCAGUCAACGUGGGUAUGAAACAGAUGAUCAGCACUAUCCACUGUGUAUAUAUGUUCUUUCUUCUGGACGUGAGUCGUGUCUGACUCCUAGAAUUUGGCUUCGUCUGAAUUAUACUGUUCUCAAGCGUGUGCUCUCUUGAGUGUUUUCUUAUGUCAUUCAUAUCUGAGGCCCUUUGGGCCCAUAAUAAGUACUCCUAUGCGGCUAUGAUGUAAACGUCACGCUUUUUCAUUGAGGUGUAAACAAACAUUGUACUUCUAAUUGAAAUUUUAGAGAAUGCAUGUAACUGUUAGGCACUGUGUUAGCCUACUGUAAAAUGUUUAAUUGAACUGUUGUCA